AGCCCCGCUCCACCUCCACAUAACAACCGCUCUUUGUGUGCCUGGCCCCUCAGGCCCCACACACAACACACACACACACACACACACACACAGAUCCGGAUGCCUCCUCUCCUUGCUGCUGCCCUUCUCCUCUGUCUCUCUUCUCCAGCAUGAUGUUCUCUUCCUCCGGCGGUGGGCCCAGCGCCGGCCAAACCUGCAGCCUGGUGCUGAUCUUCGCCGUGCUGCUGCAGUCUAUCUGCGUCGCCAUCACUUUCCUCUAUUUCACCAACGAGCUGCAACAGCUUCGUGCUACUUAUUCUGAGAGCAAUUUGGCUUGUUUUAGCAGAGAAGAUGUUUUACUACAAGACGUGGAUGCAGAUAACAUCGACGAGAGCGACCCCUGCUGGCAAGUCAAGUGGCAGCUUUCACGGUUAAUUAAAAAGAUUGUAGCAAAGCACCGCCUGGAAGACGCAGUUUCUGGUGCAGCCUCCUCGGCAACAGGUGGCACUUCUCAAGUUUCCACUGCAAAUGAAAGAGAAGUUUCCAAGAACGCUGUGCCCAGAGUGGCAGCUCACCUCACGGCAAAUCAAAACAGAAGGCAUCCUGAAAACAUACUAAGUCCUGCAUUGCAAAACAACCUGGGAUAUAAGAUAAACACAUGGGAGGCACCGAGAGACAGCAAUUCAUUUCUUUACAAUGUAAGGUUGAACAAUGGAGAGCUGGUCAUACCACAGACAGGCGUCUACUAUAUCUACUCCCAGACUUAUUUUCGGUUCCGUGAACCUGAAGGGGUAGAACCCGAUGCAGAUCCGGACUCUGACAGUGUUCGAAACCCUAAGCAAAUGGUUCAGUACAUUUCAAAGUACACUGACUACUAUCCAGACCCCAUCUUACUGAUGAAAAGCGCUCGAACUAGCUGCUGGUCCAAGAAAGCAGGAUAUGGACUUUAUUCCAUUUACCAAGGAGGGGUGUUCCAAUUAAACAUGAAUGAUAGGAUUUUUGUUUCUAUCAGCAAUAAAGAUUUAGUAGACAUGGAUAAACCAGCAAGUUUCUUUGGAGCCUUCUUGGUAUCUUAAGAGAGAAAGAAAAAUAAAGAGAAUCCAAAAAACAUUGAAAGGAUUGGCUGAGAAAUCAGAAGAUACAGGUUUGAAUUGUAUCACAAGGACAUUCAUUUGGUAGAACUGGAACAACUGCAUAUUUCCUACUGAAUGGUUACCAUCCCAAUCCACAAUUAGUUUUUGUGGUGAAACUAAUGAAUCACAAUUAGCCAGCUUAAAAGGAAAACCAGGUAUUAAUGGUUGAAAUGCCAUUAAAAUGACAUCAGUUCCAUGAACUGUUUUCUAGCUGUGAUCCAGAGUGUGUUGCCAACACAAAAGACUGCAUGCAACUCUUUGUCAGAAAAUCACACAGAAGAAAGAUGUAGUUUGCUGGAAUUCGGGAGAUCUAUGUUUCCUAGACUGGAGCUACAAUCUUUGUCAAUAUAACCAAUCGGAAUUUUGCCAAAGAGGCUAACACCUGGUCAAGUUUUUUCCCCAUUGCAAACCUUUUCACAGCAGGAUUAUUAUGAGAGUUCAGGAAAGUCACAUAGAAAAGCUAUGGACAGUUGAAGGGUGCUGAAAGGAUGUGCUGAAAGGAUUGAGUCCUGCUCAUUGCCAGGCAGAGCAGAGCAUGUGCACAUUUUCAUAUGGGAUGAACAUGUACCUUUCACUGAGUGUAAUGUAUUCAAGAAGGCUACCACGUGAUAUUUCCAAACAUAUUGCUCUGCUCUAUCAUACUGUGAAGUCUGCAGAAGAGUGCAAUGGACACUUAUUCCUUCAUUGCACGUUGGAUAAUAAUGAUUAAACCAGUUCACCCUGCAGUUGGAAAAGUGACCCUCUACAGUCAGAAGUCUCAAAUGCUUCAUUAAACGUUGAGCAAGAUUUCCCUGUUGAGCUCAGUCUUCCUUUGAAGUCAACAUUCUAACAAAAAUCCUUCACAUUGCCCACUUCUAUAAACCUGCUGCAUCCUGGAAAGCAUGAACAUGGAAGAAACGGGAAUUACUGUUUGUAGCAGCCUUCAGUUGUAGGACUCAAUAGACCAUAUCAGGCUGAAGGCCUAGCAACCUGGCCUGGAAUAUGGUGAAUUUGUGCGGGCAGCUUGAUUUUUUGUUGUUGUUUUUUUACUCUGUGAUCUUUGUUCAGUGUCCUUUACAUAUUUGUGUUGUAUUUGUAUGCAAUGGAAGCGUUCAUCAUUUUGCUAUAGUGAUCAGGGGAGUCCUCCUCCCCAGUGGCAAAUAAUGGUUUCCAUGCCAGUGAUGACAAUGAGCCAAUAUAAGAUUUUAAUCCUGAA